AUGACAUCUAAUAAUGAUAAAAGAAUGGAAUCUUUAUCUCAAGUGAUUCCAGAGGAGCUAGCAAAAAAAAUGGAGAAAGCAUUGCUAGAAGUAUUGGAAACAGCAAUAUGCCAGAAUUUUAAAGAGAGUAGUAAAUUUGUUAGAGAUCAUUUUACCUAUGUAAAAAAAUUGCGAUUGGCAGAAAAUCCUUACGGAUAUGCUAGAUAUAUUACAAGAAAACUAGUUCCAGAUGAAAUAUCAUAUAAUACAAGAUUAGAGAAGAUUCAAGUAUGGUAUCGGGAGAAAUUGCAUACUAAACUAGAAGAAUUAUAUAGCCUUUAUUAUGAAAUAUCUCAGGAAGAAAAAUGUGAAAUAUCUAAAGAUAAUGCGAAAGGAAUUAUUCAAGGACUUCUUAACAUGUCACUUACAGAUGAUUAG